AAUUCCAGCGAAGGAGAUUGCGUGCCAAGAUCACAUACAAUUUCCUUUCCAUAUUCCGUAUCCAAUAAUUUAAUCUAUCAAUCAAUGGAUAAAAGAUUAAGCAAUCGAAUUUAGAAUACAGAAGUUUGCAUGUGACUGUAGCCUGCUGCAGCGUUUGUCGACGAAAUUGGCGUUGGUAUCACAAUUCACAUACUCAGCAACUUUCCCCGACCCCUACUUUUGCCCCUUGGCUACUCUGAAACUUUCUACGGAUUCACAUUCGAUUAAACAUUACACCCACCUGAUAGCUAUCCAUAUAUAUAUAUAUAUAUAGUAGCAGCAGCAGUAGUAGUAUUUCUCAUCUCAUCAUCCCUGCUCAGAUGUGUAAACUGACAUAAACGGCAAGUCAAAAAGGAAGUGGAAAAUGGAGAAGAAUUACAACCUAACAGAGUUCUUGUGCACUUUUCUCGCACUCGUUUCCUCCAUUUCCUUGGUGCAACCAACUUCGGCUGCCACAACCCCAUCAGCCUACACAAACUUCGUGAAAACCAGAUGCAGCGCCACGACCUAUCCAGCAGUUUGCAUCAGAACGCUUUAUCCCUACGCCUCUUACGUCCAAACCAACCCCUUAAAGCUCUGUAAGACGGCCCUCAGCGUAGCCAUACAAGGCGCCGGCAACACAUCCGCCAAGGUAUCAAAGCUGGCCUCUCGGAGAGGGUACUAUUCGCGCAUGGAAGCUGCGGCCCUCAAAGACUGCAUGUAUGAUGUGAAAGAUGCGAUUUCUGAGCUCAAGCAAGCUCUUGGCGCAAUGACACGUCUUGGAGGUGCCGACCGGCAGUUCCAAUGGGCUAAUGCCAAGACUUGGGGUAGCGCUGCCAUAACGGAUCUGGAGUCAUGCCUGGAUGGAUUUGCUGGGAGAAAAAUUAGUCCUGCCCUCAGGGCAAAUAUCAAAAGUUUCGUAGUACCUCCACAAAGGCUUAUAAGCAAUGCUCUAUACCUAAUCAACCAUCUUUACCAGCAGUGAUUAAAUUGCUUUUUGUCUGUCGCAGUAAAUUGUUUGUCUGGAAUUAAUUUCUGGAUGGCUUUCACUUUUCACACCAAUCUGCACUUCAUUUUGGUAGCACUAACAGCACUGUCAACAUGCACGCGACAAUUGUAAUUUAUGAAAUUCCAUAGGCAUGAUGGUAUUAUAAAUAAUAACAGUGGAGCUUCUGCCUCAUUUUUUUUUUCCAACUACGAGUGAUUCAAUCGUGUACACUUCUCAGGAAACUCAAAGUUUUCAAUUCUUUGUUGCUGUUUUAUUAUCUAGUCUAGUACAAAAUCUGCAAUACUUAUAGCUCAUCGAGAGUGCGGCCAACAUUGGCUCCCAACUGGUAGACUAGGGAAUUUGGUCUGGUGGACAGGUUUUUGCCCAUUGCCGAAUUACAAAUUUGUAAGUUGGGAAGCUUAAAUGUCCAAGACUACAAUCUUGUUGGCCGUGGAAGCGUUGUUUGCUAAAUCCCUAACUUGUUGCAAGGCCGGGUGUUGACGACUUACCAACGACUUGCAGCAAGCUUCCUCUUGAUUUGUGGCUAAAUCCAAUAUAAAGUCCGCACAUUUUUCUUAUGCCAUCAUCCCUCAGCAGCUUUCAGUUUUGAACAUUUCUACAAACUCGUGCGGAACUUUUAAUUGCUGGAGAGUUUCUACGCUGUCGCUCAUCUUACCCACGCAGUCGAACGAUGCAAUUUGCUGUUCUGGCCUCCAACCCCCUGACCCGCUGCUUUUGUCAUGAAGUUCCUGGCCUUGGACAAGGACUUUGACAGGACUUUUCGGUACCAUUCCAGCGAAUCAAAUUAAUGCGGGAAUCAACAUCGUGGGUUUUCUUGCAUAAGGCCUCUAGAUUCCCUUCUGCAGCAUCUGGGGCAGUUGCACCUGGGGCAGCUGCUACCGCGACAUUAUUUGGAAUAAUUGACUAUCCAAUUAUUAGGAAAUGUAAAUGUGUUAUUUGGAAUAAUUAGCUAUCCAAUAAGAUAAGAGGAGGAUGGUUGGGAAAUGUAAAUGGGUUAUUACUACUAUUAUUCAAGGGUUGAAAGAAGAAUAUUUGGGUCCUUAGAAUUAGGCCCCUACCCCCCAUCGCAAGUGUCAAAGCAAGCCGCCGGAAGAUUGGAAAUCUUCAUAGGAUCAAAAUUAGACCGCAAUGACAACAAAUUCUGCGUCCUCCAGCUCUUUUCCAAUUUUCCAUUCCACCUCGGAAUGAGAUGCUGGUCGCCGCCGAUGAUUUACGAUACGAUACUUACUACUAACUACUCGAUCGAUAUUCGAUGCAUGCUAUUGCUAGGGUAGUCCUCACUUAUUAGAAGGGAUGUUUGGAUCGACUUAAGCUAUUUCAUUAACAUGGGGCUAGGGCUGCAAACGAAUCGAAUCGCUCGUGAGCGGCUCGAGUCAAGUUCGAGUUCAGAAUAUUAAACUCGUUAGCUC